GCCAGGUUACCCUUCCACCAGACCUUCAAAGGUGAAUAGAAUUCAUGUGUGCAGGUGCCAAAAUCACUCAGUUCUAACCUUCCACUACCAUCACCCCACACACCUGCGCCCCUCAUGGCAAGUUCCUAGGGGGAAAGCCAGGAGGCCCAGAGCCCUAGUGCCCAGGACCAUAGGGGAGCAAGGUGGGGUAUGGGCUCGGGGCUUCUGCAGAUGAAUGGUGGGUGUGGAUGGGAAUCUGGAACCGUGUGUGGGGGCUCUGAGGAGUGUGAGGACCUCUCUGAAGAAAAGCUGGAGCUCUGAGAAGUGAGGGAGCCUCUGAGGGGCUCUCAGAAGUGGGGAAUCCGAGGAGGCGAAGGGUCUCAGCAGGAGGGGUUGCUCUGAGGUGCAGGAGACGAGCUGUGGGGGAUGGGAGUGUGAAGCAAGCGGAGAGGGCCUGGCCGCUCUCCGGCGGGAGGAGCGCGAAGGUGGGAAGAGCCGUUGUCUCGGCAACUCGCAACUGAGUCCGGGUCCGCUGAAAGAGGCGGUUAGAGGCAUGCCUGUGGGCGGCACCAAGCCCCCCGGGGCGCCGGCGGUUGGCUGGCGGCGGGGGGGAGUGUCCGAGGGUAGGGGGAGUCCCCAGGCGGGGGGCGGGGCCCUGCAGCGCGGGCAGGUGGCGCGGGUUGGCUGGCGGUGGGAGGGCGUGCCCGAGGGCGGUUGGCUGCGGCGCGCGCACCAGCGCCCCAGGCCCCAAGGCUCCUCAGCGCUAGCCCGGCCCCUCCAUCCAUGGAUUCCCGCACCAAGCCCGCCGCGCCUUACGCCGCCGCCGCCGAGGCCCCCUCCGGGCCCCGACAUGGGAGAGGUCCUGAAGCAGAAGUUGGCCGUCCCCGACCAGCGCCUGGAGGAGACGGAGGCCAGGUCUGUCUCCAGGAGGUGCAUAAUAUUGUUGACUGUUUUUGUCAGCUAAAAUAACCCUUGUAGAUCGCCAUCAUCGAAAAGACAAACAACAACAAAUGUUGGCGAGGUUGUGGAGAAAGGGGAACCCUCCUAGACUGCUGGUGGGAAU